UCAGAACCCACCGCUCAAGAAGCUCCAAGAAAGGAAUCGUCGCUCAUAAUGGAUCCCUCAGUUCAAGAAACGCUUGAUAAAUUGCUCGAAACUCAGAGAUCUCACCAGCUAGCUCUCCUCCGGCUCGCAGAAUCCAUCCGUGGAGACGAUGCAUCAACGGGGGAGAAGCGAGACUCCGAUGUCUCCGCGGACCCGUACGAGAAUGGCACACCGGCGAGUCUGCAGGCUGAACUGGAGCAUUACAAGGAAUUGUUCUCGAAACUCAAGUUCUCGUACAUCGAGCAGGUCACCAAGGAGAAGUUCCUACGAGCCAUCACUGCCGAGAACCCGGUCUACGUUGAGCAACAAGAGAAUUUGGAAUUGGAAGCGAAGUUAGCACAGGACAAGAGUGCUUUAAAAUCGCAGAAGCUUGAGGUGGAGCGAAUCGUUGCGGAGAUCGACCGGAAGGCCAGAGCGACGACCCAACAAUACGAAACCCUCGCCGAACAGCAGACGCAAUUGGAGUCGCUGCCAAUACAGAACACCGCACUCGCGGAGCAAAUCGAGGAACUACGGGAGCGGCUACCCCAUUCAAGCGACGAGCCUCACCUCUCACUACCACUAUCACAAACGCUAGACCUCGCCGCCGCGAGAGACGAGGAACUGGCCGAUUUAGACGCGCAGAUCACUUCGCUUCAGAUGCAGGAGCCCAAGAAGGCGCGGGAGCUGGAACGGCUGCGCGCCGAACUCGGGCCGCUAGAAGCGCAGAAGAUGAAGAGCGUGACGGCGGCGAAAGAGGCGCGGCGGAGGAAAGAAGAAGGGGGCAUUGAUGAUCUGGAAGUCAAGGGUCGGUGGUAUCGUGCGGUGGAUGCGACUUUACGAGGCAUGUUGGAAGUGGAUGGCUAAACGGCUUGAUUCUGUUUCGAACUGCAAUCACUUAGGCUAAUGAUACCCCGAUUUGAAUUACACUCUGGUGGCGUUCCAUCGGAGCCCCUCUUCUUCCUC